UUUACAGGCAUAUGCUGUCCCCCUUAAUGUGGGUAAUUGAAUGCUGACCCUAUGUUUCUUCCAAAAGUCUCCAAGGAAGCAUGCUGCGGGAACUUCAUGAAUAACUCGUGGGAAACAAAACGCUUCUGUGCGAUGAAAACUGUCUUUAUUUCUAUGGGUUUUUUUCCCUUCUAAAAGGAAAGACAAUCCCUACCACUACCACUUAACGAAAGCCGUCCGAGUCUUCAAAUUGGCCCAACAGAGUACUGAGGAAAUAGUGACAGCACUAUGGCACUUUGACCUAAGAUGCUCAAAUGUCGAUGUAACGGACAGCUGGGGAUUUCUGAAGUACAACUGUGACACAGGAGACCAACUGUUGGCCAUCCUUAUUGAGGGCAGCUGCAGCCUCGAGUCUGCUUCUGUAAACGCAUCCCUAGCCUUCGAUCAGGCGGGUGUCGCCAGCUGCCACAGCGCCCACGGUGGCCCGGUCUUCCCUCCCUCUCCCCACCACGCACCCGCCAAGGCUGACCCUGCCGCGACGCGAAGGCGCGCGCCCUAGGCGCACGUGACGGCUGGGGAGGGCAGUUUUCUUCAUCCCCACCCCCUUCAAGAAACCCCGCCUCCUCCUGAGAGGCUACAGCUUCCUAUUGCAUCUCCACCAGAGUGGCCUCCAUGUCAUCCAAUCAGAACGCGAGCCCUCACGUAAGACCCGCCUCCUGCUGGUCCUCAGGUUCCUUCCCGCUCACACCGGAGUCACUUCCGAAGAGAGAGAACCGCCAUGAAGAGAGAAGGGGGUGCCGCCCACCUCUGCUCCGACAGCCUACCCGAGUCUCAGCAGCAAGACGGCAACCACGCACCCAACUUCUCCAGCCACAGCUCAUGCCGCCGUCGCCAGCGGCGCCGACAUGACAAGGCGCUGCAUGCUCGCUAGGCCAGGUUUCCCCUCGUCCCCAGCCCCGGGGUCGUCGCCCCCGCGCUGCCAUCUGAGACCCGGUAGUACCGCCCCUGCUGCAGCGAGAAAGAGAGCAGAGAGUCCCGGGGACAGGAAGCAGUCAAUUAUAGAUUUCUUCAAACCAGCUUCUAAACAAGAUAGACAUAUGUUGGAUUCUCCACAAAAAUCAAACAUCAAAUAUGGAGGAAGUAGAUUGUCUAUCACUGGGACAGAGCAUUUUGAAAGGAAACUAUCUUCACCAAAAAAAUCUAAACCCAAAAGGGUGUCAUCAGAAAAAAGCCCUAUUUUAGAAGCUUUCAUGAAAGGUGUUAAAGAGCACCAUAAAGAUCGUGGUAUGCAUGAGUCACGUCGGCCUUGUGUGUCACUAGCCUCCAAAUAUUUACCCAAAGGAACAAAUAUCUAUGUUCCUUCUUCAUAUCACUUGUCAAAAGAAAUGAAGGCACUAAAGAAAAAACACCGGUCUCCAGAGAGAAGAAAGUCACUGUUCAUGCAUGAAAAUAGCAGGGAGAAGAAUGACAGAGAUCGAGGCAAGACCAAUGCAGACUCCAAAAAGCAAGCCACAGUGGUAGAAACUGACAUCUUGAAGAAUGGCUCCCGAAGUCUUAGUAGCAGGAGCAGUCUAUCCAGGCACCAGCCAGGAGAAAGCCCACUGGGAGCUAAGUUCCAGUCAUCACUAGCUUCUUACUGCAAAGAGCGAGAACAAAAAAGGUUGAGAAAGGAGCAAAUGGAGCAGAGAAUCAACUCAGAAAAUUCUUUCUCAGAAGCAAGCAAUCUUUCCUUAAAAUCUUCUAUUGUGGGAAGAAAAUGUAAACCAGGACAGGAACAAAGUAAACAGAAUGAUGUCAUACCUGGAAAGAGUAAUCUUUCAAACAUGGAAAAUGGACAUUUCUCAAGAAAAAGAUCCUCUUCUGAUUCAUGGGAACCUACUUCAGCAGGCUCUAAGAAUAAAUUUUCUGACAAAAGAAAAAGAAACUCUGUGGAUUCAGAUCUGAAAAGCACAAGAGAAUCUCUGAUACCAAAAGCAAAAGAGUCCUUCCUUGAGAAGCGUCCUGAUAUACCACAUCAGAGGGAAAAAUUUAUAAGACAUAUUGCACUGAAGACACCUGGUGGUGUGCUACGUUUGGAAGAUAUAACCAAGGAACCAAAUGAUGAAACUGAUCACUCUGCAGACUUGGUACCUUCAAAUUCUGGCCACCAUUCUUCUAGGAAUAGUGACCAAAUCCGAGUGGCAAGUACCAAAGAGACUAAGAUACAGAAACCCCACUUACCUUUACCUCAGGAAAAAUCUACAAUUAAAAAAUCUAGCAACCUACAGAAAAAUAAAACUGCUAGCUUCAUGACAUCAAAAGAAGAGACAAAACUUCUACCGUUACUUUCCCAUGUUCCAAGUGCUGUUUCCUCUCAAAUAACAUUAAAUGCUAAAAAUUGUGCUCUUCCAAUUCCUAAAAAAGAUAGACGUUCCUCAUCUAAAGAAUAUUCUGGGCAUUCUACAGAAUCCUCCAAACACAAGGAACACAAAGAAAAGACUAAUAAGGCUGAUUCUAAUAUAUCUUCAGGGAAAAUUUUUGGGGGAUCUUUGCGUUCAGAGUAUGGCACUCCUACAAAGUCUCCUCCAGCUGCUUUGGAAGUUGUGCCAUGUAUCCCAAGCCCUACAAUACCUUCAGAUAAAGAGAGUUCAGGAAAUUCUAAUGCAGGUAGCAGUGCACAGAAAAGAAAAUUCAGGGGUGAUUUUGAUAGUGAUGAAGAAAGUUUAGGUUACAACCUAGACAGUGAUGAGGAAGAGGAAAAAUUAAAAUCAUUGGAAGAAAUAAUGGCUUUGAACUUCAAUCAGACUCCUGCAACUUCAGGAAAGCCUCCCCUUUCCAAGGGGCUUAGAUCUCAGUCAUCAGACUACACAGAACAUGUUCAUAGUGGAACUUAUACAAAUACUUUAGAACGUCUUGUGAAAGAAAUGGAAGACACACAAAGGCUAGAUGAACUACAGAAGCAACUACAAGAAGACAUAAGGCAGGGCCGAGGCAUUAAGUCUCCAAUUAGAAUUGGAGAUCAAGAUAGUACAGAUGAUGAGGAUGGCCUCUUGGAAGAACACAGGGAAUUUCUAAAGAAAUUUUCAGUUACAAUUGAUGCUAUUCCUGAUCAUCAUCCAGGUGAAGAAAUAUUUAAUUUCCUCAAUUCUGGAAAAAUUUUCAAUCAGUAUACUUUGGAUUUAAGAGACUCUGGUUUUAUUGGACAAAGUGCUGUAGAAAAACUUAUUCUGAAAUCAGGAAAAACAGAUCAGAUUUUUUUGACAACACAAGGGUUCCUUACCUCUGCUUAUCACUAUGUCCAGUGUCCUGUACCUGUGUUAAAGUGGCUGUUUCGGAUGAUGUCAGUUCAUACAGAUUGUAUUGUGUCAGUGCAGAUUUUAAGUACAUUGAUGGAAAUAACAAUUAGAAAUGAUACUUUCAGUGACUCACCGAUUUGGCCCUGGAUCCCAUCAUUGUCUGAUAUAGCAGCUGUGUUCUUCAAUAUGGGAAUUGAUUUUAGAUCUUUGUUUCCUCUGGAGAAUCUUCAACCAGACUUUAAUGAAGACAGUCUACUUUCUGAAACACUGACAACAUUGCGGGGGAAAGGAUGUGAAGAUUCAUCUUGUAUGCCAGUUUUUUCAACUCUUCCUGAAACCAACAUUUUAAAUGUCGUUAAGUUUCUAGGCUUAUGUACAUCUAUACAUCCAGAAGGUUACCAAGAUCGGGAAAUAAUGUUGCUGAUUUUAAUGUUGUUUAAAAUGAGUUUGGAAAAACAGCUGAAACAGAUUCCUUUAGUAGAUGUUCAAAGCCUCCUGAUAAACCUGAUGAAAAAUAUCAGAGAUUGGGACACAAAGGUGCAUGAACUCUGUCUGGGCAUAAAUGAACUCUCCAAUCAUCCCCAUAACCUUCUGUGGUUGGUACAGCUAGUCCCUAACUGGACAUCACGUGGAAGGCAAUUGAGACAAUGCCUAAGUCUAGUGAUUAUUUCAAAACUUUUGGAUGAGAAACAUGAAGAUGUCCCUAAUACCAAUAAUCUUCAGGUAUCAGUCCUACAUCGCUAUCUUGUGCAAAUGAAGCCUUCUGAUUUGUUAAAGAAAAUGGUCAUGAAGAAAAGGGCUGAACAACCAAAUGGCACUAUUGAUGACAGUCUUCAUUUAGAACUUGAAAAGCAGGCAUAUUAUCUGACCUACGUUCUUCUUCAUUUAGUUGGUGAAGUUAGUUGUUCUCAUUCUUUUUCUUCUGGACAACGGAAACACUUUGUGCUACUGUGUGGGGCUUUGGAAAAACAUGUUAAGUGUGAUAUUAGAGAAGAUGCCAGACUUUUUUAUAGAACUAAGGUGAAAGACUUGGUUGCCAGGAUACAUGGAAAAUGGCAGGAAAUAAUCCAGAACUGUCGGCCUACUCAGGGGCAGCUUCAUGACUUCUGGGUACCAGAUUCUUAACAGGAAUUACAACAACAAAAAUAUGAACCAAGACAAAUUCAUUAAGAGCCUUUCCAAGAGAAGUAGAAAGGAUUACUACAGAAUCCAAUGGGAUGAUAAGAAAAUACACAACAAAUGUACCACUUGAAUAUCUAGUAUGAAGCUGGUAAUGAAGAAAUUGCCAUUUUUGAAGCAGAAAUGAAAUAUGAUCUAUUUAACUGUUAAGACAACUGACCUUAUAUAAAAGAGCAGAGUCUUCUGAAAGGAGGGAGGGGUAAAAGCAGCUAGUAGUUACAUGUUUAACCUGCCCUUAUUAACUCCUCUUGUUAAAUUAUAAGCCAAUUAUCUUUUUUUAAGUAGUAUUUGUGGCACUUGGAUAAUCAUAAGAACUAAGCAAGAAAAGAGUUUGGACCAAUUUGAGGAGUCAGAUUUAGAAACCCAGACCAAGUUCUAGUUGGGUUAAUUUUCCCUUUUGAUUGUUUUAGGAUGCAAAGGGAAAGUUUAGAACAGAGUUUAGUAAUAAAAAACAUAGAUCUCUUCUGUAACUCCUGUAAGCCACAAGAGGUUUCAGUACAUGCCAUUUUCCUUCAUUAUUCAAGGUUAUAAAUCUGUUAGGUUUUUAGAAUACAUUAAAACAAUUGAGAAACAAGUUUGGUGUAGUAUUUAAUUCCCCUAAGAGGAAGAGAGAGAUUAAGCUGUUAAAUAGUGGCUCUGUUUCUAAAAUGCCAAAACAUUCAUAGACAGUUUGUUUUGGAUUUUUUAAAUCCAUAUUUUUUUAAGUAUUGGUUAAAUCAUAGACUCUUGGCUAUAUCUUAGAAUACUGGCCCUUGGUAACUAUAUUAUAGAAUUGUCUGUUGUAAAAAUUUAAAGAUCUUGGAAAGUUUCCAAAAAUCACAUUUCCAUUAAUAUUUAACUUUGCAAAGACCUGGAUGGUGUUUAUAUUUUGGGACUGUUGGAGUGUAUGGGGUUGUGUGUGGGGUAUGUGUGCGUGUGUGCACUCAUGUGUUUUUAUCUUGAAGUUGUUGCACUUGAAAACCACAGCUGCUUUAAAUUCUUUUAAACACUGGAAAGCCAUCCUCUGGUUAAAAUGGUUGAAGGAUAGUAGAAGUACACUUGCUAGUUUUAGCCCAAGGGCCCUUUUGAAGCCUUGGAUAGCAACAGACUUACAGUCAACUGAAAAAUUCUUUUGUUAACCAAGUGUCCCUUUAGGAGGGUUUAUUUCCUGAAGGAGAAUACCAACUUUGUUGUUGUUCUUACAAUACUGGUUUAGGUGACUUGCUCUUUCCAGAGUACUCUUGACAUCUCUAGUUGUUGUAGGGAAGAUGAUGGAGGGGAAGGGAAUAAGUGUAUGGUUUGACAGGGAAAAACUAAAUUUUGAGAACUAACUCUCUACCUCUAAAUUGAGGCUUAGGAAUAAAACCAUUUUAUCUUAAAUUUAUCAUUUGAAAUAGCAUCAGUAAUUUUUGAGCUCAUGUCAAGCAUUGGGCAGUUAGAGAUUUUAUAAGCAAGACUAGAUAAAUCCAGUUUCCAAGAACGCAGACUGAACAAGGCUGGAACAGUCAAACCAACGAAAAUUUUAUUCUGUGUUGAGUUUACUGGUAAGAAUAUUAUCUUGAUACUACCUCUCAAGGGUAUUGUUACAAAAUGCCACUUAUGGUUAAAGAGAUAGAUACAAAGAGUUAUAUUUAACAGAAGCUUGAAACUCUGGCAUCUAUCUGCCCAACAAUGGGGGCUUUCACUCUGUAAUUUAAUACUUUGUAGAUACAUUAUUUGUGUGUAAUUUUAUAAGUGUUCAUAUUUUUCUCAUUUUGCAUUGUGUAAAGUGUACAAAAUCUGAAAGUAUAAAAUACUGCUUAUAUUGCUUAUAAUUACAGUGUGUAAAUAUUUUCUAAUUGUAUACAUUGACGGGAACAAGUGGGUUAUUCAGGUUUUUUUUAAGUGACCCUUUUGUAUUGCAGUUUCAACAGAUAGCUGCCCAUCAAAUUUAAAACCACUUUGAUACAUUUUUAUUUAGCAGUUCCACUAAGAAAAAAAAAUCUAUUUUUAAUUGCCUUUCUCCAUUAAAGAAAAAUACUUAUCUGUCCCUUUAAAAUAAAUGGCCAGACAUCAGUUUAGGCCCUUGUAUUUAUGACUCUGGUAGAGGUCUUCAGCUCCAGGUCAUAGUCCAAUUAGUAUUUGCAUUUGGGCGCUCAUAGAAAUUUUGUGAUUCUCUUUUUAGCACAAAUAGCGCAUGGUUUUCCCAAAUCAAGUAUUUUUUUCCUCCCUCUUGAGUCCCCAUCCUUUGUCUCCCUCCUGCUGUUGUUACUCAGUGAGUGGGAUGGUAGCAAGGGAGAAAAUGCUCAUUGCACAGAGAAUGUCAAGCCACUUUGGACUUGACAGACAAAGCUUGCACUGAGUGGUGGUGUGUUUGGCAGUAUUUCUGUGCCAAAAAUCACUUGUCUAAUUUUCUGGAUGUGUAUGUCAGACUUAUUACCCUUACUGCAAGCUGAAAAUUAAGGUACUUGUGUUUAUGCUUUUGUGUGUUAACUGUUUGCCUUUUCUAACUUGCUUUUCUUGUUAUCUGAAAAUAUAAUUGUUAUGUCAUGUUAAGUGAAGCAGCUCUCCAUGCACAAAACGCAUCUGUGUAGCAGUAAAAUAACAGCAUUUGUACAUUUUCUGUCUAUCUCCUGAUGGCAGCGGUGCCUUUGUCACCUUUUAGAAGGUUGGCAUUUUGUUUUUGCUUUCAAAUGCAAGUACUAGCUUGCUUUUGACUUCACAAAAAUCUCCCCAGUAAAGAUAGAUAAUGGUGUGUUAACAUCCAGGCUUUGUUAGAGCAUUUGCAUUUUUAUUUUAAUCAGAACAGAUUACAGUUGGUGGGGACUGGCCAGUAAUAAUGUGUGGAGUCUUUAAACCAAGAGUAAUUUUUAAAUUAAAAGAAAUUGUUUUUAAAAGAAGUGACCUAUUAACAAGUGGCUGAGUUGGAGAAUUAGGGGAUGACUGUCAGGUUUGUCUCUAAGGAGGCAAGAGUAGGGUACAGGUGGGUGGGCAUGUAGAGCAGUUAGCAUGAUUUUGGUGGUUAUUUCCUACUUGUCAGCAGUAUAGGUGCACCUCAUUAUCUGUGCAUUUGUUUUCCCUGGGCAGUCCUGUUAGCCAGGUAAUCCACCAGAUCUUAGGCAGUUAAAUGGCAGACUUCCUUUUUCUUUCAUUUUUUUUCUUUUAAGAUUUUAUACUACAUCUUGUUUAAAGUCCUCUGAAUGUAUGUGUGUGUUAUUAAA